UCAACUAGGUUACAAAACUAGCCAGCCACCCCUAGAGCACAUACGCAUUAGAGAAGAUACAUCCAUAUACUAUACUGGGAUUUUGGCCUCUAUAUAUAUCCCGCUUCAAGUUUCCGCACUAGGUACAAGUGAACUUUGGUAUCUGUGCAUGCUUGUAUCUUUACACAAUUUGUUCAAUCAGGAACCAUGUCUAUCCCACAAGCACAACAUGUACCACCUUCCCAGAUUCAAUUAACCACAGCUAGCCGCGAUUCAGCGACUGGGAUAGACAACCAAUCCGCAGACAUCGCCAUCGACAUUUCAGCUGAUCAUUCGGCUCAACCUAACAGACCUUCGUCUUAUUUACUAGAACGUACAAACAGAGAAGAAUACCUUAAGACAGGUGUUGCCCUCUAUAAAUAUGCACUAAAAGGCGAUUGGGAAGCAGCUGAACUAAUCUUGACAAAAAAAAGGGGACUUCUGCGAGCUAGCAUAUCUAGAGGAUAUGAAACAGUCCUUCACGUUGCAGCAGGAACAAGCCAUAUUCACUUUGUGGAGAAACUGGUCAACAUGAUGGAAGAAGAAGACUUGGCACUGCAGGACGUAAAUGGAAACACUGCCUUGUGCAUUGCUGCGUCGGCUGGAUCUCUAGACAUUAUCCAGAUUUUGAAAAAAAAGAAUGAGGCUUUGCUAACAAUUAGAGGCGGUAAAGGUGUGGCACCAGCCUAUAUGGCUGCUGUGUUAGGACAGUCUGAAGUGGCAUGUUACCUGCACCGCGAAAGUAGUAAAGAGAUGUUGAAGAACACCGACCGAGAAAACUUGUUUUUUUCUUGCAUCAACAAUUGUCUGUACGAUUUGGCCUUUAAGUUGCUAGAUGCUGAUAAAGCAUUAGCGAAGGCACGUACUAGUUCGCAGAAAAAUAAAACGGCCUUGCAUAUCCUGGCUCGAAGACCUUCAGCAUUUGGUGGCAGCCAAAGUCCACGGAUGUGGACUAGACUCAUUAACUCAUUCCUCCCAGGUUUGAAGUUCGCAUGCAAAAGAAAGUUGAGAGAAACUAAUGGAGCCCUUCAGCUAGUCGACUGCCUCUGGGAAGAAAUCUUGAGAGAUGAGCAUGAUGAUGUUAUGAGAAUGAUCAAAUAUCCUUCAAAUUUAUUAUUUGACGCAGUGGAAUCAGGGAAUUAUGAGUUUCUGGCAACGCUUAUGAGCUCUUAUCCUGAGUUAGUAUGGGAAAUUGAUGAAAAAAAUCGAACCAUAAUCCAUGUCGCAGUUCUGCAUCGUCAUGCAAGUAUCUUCAAUCUAGUGCAUGAAAUAGGCUCAAUUAAAGAUGUCAUCGUGACAUAUAAAGAUGAUGAGGGUAACAACAUUGUGCAUAUGGCUGCAAAAUUAGCACAUCAAAAUCAAUUGAAUCUCGUGUCAGGCGUAGCUCUUCAAAUGCAUCGAGAGUUGGUAUGGUUUGAGGAAGUCAAAAAGACUGUCCAACCCCAGUAUAUCGAGAUGGAAAACGACAAUGGAAAAACACCUCAAGAAUUAUUUACUGAAGAGCAUACGGUGUUAAUGCGUGAAGGAGAAAAAUGGAUGAAGGACACCGCAACUUCAUGCAUGCUCGUUGCGACUAUUAUCGCAACUGUUGUAUUCUCAGCUACAUUUAGCAUCCCGGGUGGCACAGAUGAUCAUACUGGAAAACCAAAACUUUUGAAACAGAAAGCCUUUCUAGACUUUACCAUAGCUGACGAAAUAGCACUCUUUUCCUCUUCAACUGCAAUGCUGAUGUUCUUGUUCAUCCUUACCUCCCGGUAUGCAGAAAAUGAUUUCCGCAAGUCCUUACCCUUGAAGUUGAUGAUAGGACUCACUUGCCUCUUCAUAUCUAUAGCAUCGAUGAUGAUGGCUUUCAGCACCGCCUUCUAUCUAUCUUGUCAAUACGAAUCAAAAUGGGUUUCAAAUUUUACAUUUUUAUUUGCAUUUGUCCCAGUUGCUUUGUUUGCUUUUAUGCAAUUCCCUCUCGCGUCCGACAUGUCCUCUUCUAUAUUUUGCUCAAGUCUACUAUUUCAGCCAUGGAAAUACAUGCUCUACCAGAAGUCGGGCUGAAUGCUGUACAAUAAUUUGGUCACAGCUACAAUAAUGAUGUACAUAUAUGUAUUCUAGCUAGCAUAUUGAGUUGUAAUUAGAUUGAUCAUCGCAUUUUGUACUAUGAAUGCAUAAAUGGAUGAACAUGUUGUACAAAGUUCAA